AUGUUCCCUCCCGCUCCAAUUCCUCUUGUCAACAAAGAUACGGGUGGUAUACAAAAGCCAAAGGCGGGAAUCCUCGGGUCUGCUGACAGUAUUACCGGUGCCCCCGAGAAAUUCAAAGGCGAGGCAGCUGAACAAGAGGCCAGUAACCUUGUCGCAAGCGUUGCCUGUGUGGCCGUGGGAGGCGCAGUCGGAAAGCAUGAUCAAGGGGUCCCUGAUGAUGCACCCUUAGAAGACGAUGUGCCAGACGCGAUGGAUAUGGUUGUCAAUACUGCCGAUGCGCAAAGCGCUGCCCAUGGCAAGGUGCCGAAAGACUCCCAUGAUAAAACACGACAGCCUAUGAAGGAGAACGUGAUGGACGCUGCGAACGCUUCUAUGCAAGUGGUAGGCGACAUUACAGAUACCUAUGAGAAGCUGGGCAAUGCUCUGUCUGCGACGGUCCCGUUUCCUCAACUGAGUCCUCGUCUGCGACUGGUGGCCGUGUUGGGUCCGAUAUUCCUGGCCUCAAUACUAACAUCUUGCUACGUAUUCAUGAAGCUCAGUACAUUUUUUACCGGGUUCGCCUUCUUCGGCGACCCUGUCAUCAGACGGGGGGUUGUAUGUCUGAAUCGUCGCCUCCCAAAUUGGCAGAAGCUUGUUCAGUUGCAAAACACCCUUCUGAAGGGUACCCCAACAAAUGCUCAGCUAGCCGUUACUCUUCUCCGUAUCGGCGAGGCUAAUGGGUCACCACUUCCACCCCCUCCAACCUCAGAAGAAAAGGUGCCCUCGCGGCCAGUGUCUUUAAACCAGGAUGAACUGACUCUAGAUGCUACUGACGAGGAAAUUAAACAAGCUGCACUGGCCAAGCCUGACGAGCAUGCCCAGGAGGUCCAAGCUCCGCCAGAGAAGAGACACAAAAGGACCUUGGGGUCUAGCAUUCUGGGCUUCUUUCGAGGAACUACGGCCAGUGGCGUCGAGAGCAAAAGAGGGAUUGAUCGCUUGCGAGCAGCAACCGGUUGCCAUCAUGCCAAGAAUCGUGUCGGCGUCCUACGUGAUAGAGGGAAGAGGAUAACACCAAGUGGGCCUGUGGCAUUUGACGCUCGAUGCAAUGGUAAGCGCGGCACUGUGAUUAUCGACUCUACCAAGGAGCCUCCACUGCUAUAUUUCACGACCGAUACACCGCAGAAAGGAGAUGCACAGUUGGAGAAUCGAAAGAGUGAAUCUGUUCUGUUCACCAUGCCGGUGACUGAAAUCCAGGAGAUGCGAAAGUUAGGUGGUAUGGGAUGGAAGGGAAAAUUGGUUGUUGGCUGGGCUCUUGGUGGUAAGGAGGUGGUUGAUGGUUUGCUCAUCACUGGCAAGGAGCCAGGGCAGUCACAUCAACUCACUGCCAUGGGGACGAGGAACCAAUUAUUCAAUCGGCUUAUUGCCAUAGAUGGACAGGUUUGGGCGAGCUGUUGA